AUGGCCGAGCUCCCAUCGAAGAAGCACCUCACCUCACACCCCAUCUGCCUGAGGAUCCGUGGGCACUCAAUAUAUGAGGACGAGAACCAGCGCACAUGGCUGCACAUUCUCAUGGACACAGGAGGUGACCUGCAAGUACGGUUGUGGCAGGACGACAUCCCCAGUGGGUAUACCGCACUCACCACCAGCCCUCUGACCUCGAGCACCAUGCCUUCGAUGUGGAAACUCCAUCUUGGCAGUCAGUACGUGGACUCCAUGGGCCAAUUUUGGCGCAUUGUGCACCACAUCAAGGAGGAUGACACGGAGGAAAUGAUCCUUGAGCUGAAGGACGAAUCGUAG